AUGAUUUAUCCUAUAGCUUUAGCUUAUGGCCAUUUUGAUGCCCCCAUUCAAAAUUGUAGUGCUCCAAUUGCAGCUUAUAACUGGGCAAGAACACCAGGUUUUAAUCAAAUGUUACCCACUUAUGCAUCUAGUAAGCAUGUCAAUCAACUAUUUUUAGCAUUCUUUAUUCUUUGUGCUAUUAGUUUUAUUUCAAGUUUCUUACUUUGGUUAACAACAUUAUUGCAUUGUUGUAAAAGUUAUUAUUAUUAUUCUAUUAUCGUCUUUCUGACUAUCAUGAGUGUACUGAACGUUAUCAUCAUGCUCAUCGUCUUGAUUUUAUCCCUCAUCAUCGUCAUUUCGAGUGCAAAAGCAAUGACAAGAGCAAGUAUCUAUUGGAAUGGUUAUGCAGGAAAUGCUAUUUGGCUUACAAUUGCUUCUGUCUUUACUUGGUUAUUUGCAGCUACAUGUUAUGUAAUCAUUCUUCGAAUCUAUUCUAAUAAAUCAUCAAAAUCUUCUCCUCGUAUACAUCCCAUAUCAUCAAGACCUCAAAAGGAAAGAAAAGAAGGAUAUCAACACUAUGAUUAUGACCCAUUUGAUUUGACACACUAUCAUCAGCCUUAUCGAUUACAUCGACAGCAGCAAUUCUCACUUAAUCAUCAUCACUACCACCACCCACAGCCUACACUACCACAACUUUACUCUACACAUGAAGGCUUACCAACUCAACACUAUACAACUCCUAUGUUUACUAACAAACCUAAUACUAUUAUUAAUAACCACUCAAAUGAAAAGCAUUAUUAUUAA